CCCUCGCCAACCCCCGAACAUGGACGACUUUGAGCAAAAGUCGACCGCCUUUGUCGAUUGGCUGCGCUCCUCGGCUGGCGCAACCGUCUCCGACAAAAUCAGCCUCCAUGACCUUCGGCAUCGGGGUGCCGGACGAGGUGUCAUCGCCGCCCAAGAUAUCCACGAAGGCGAGGUUCUCUUCAGCAUACCCCGCAAAGCCGUCCUCAGCGCCGCCAACUCCGCCCUUUCUUCGGCUCUCCCGCAAGUCGUGGACGAUGUCGACCCGUGGCAAGCCCUUAUCCUGGCCAUGAUUUACGAGUACUUGCGUGGCUCUGAGACUCCCUGGAAACCCUACUUUGACAUCCUGCCUGCCCACUUUGACACCUUGAUGUUCUGGAGUGAUCAGGAGCUGUCCGAGUUGCAGGCGAGCGCCGUGACCGAGAAAAUUGGGAAGGACGACGCAAAUGUAACCUUCAGGGAGAACUUGAUUCCUCUCAUCCGUCGGCAUGCCAAGGUGUUUUUCCCUAGCGACAAUGGUACCAGCGUAAACGACCAUGAGCUUUUGGAGUUGGCACACCGAAUGGGGUCCACGAUAAUGGCUUACGCCUUCGACAUCGAACCUGAAUCAGCCAACAAGAAUGUCGACGAGGAGGGCUACGCAUCAGAAGACGAAGACGAAGCACUGCCCAAGGGCAUGGUGCCUUUGGCGGACAUGCUCAAUGCGGAUGCUGAUAGAAAUAAUGCCCGUCUACACCAUGGUCCUGGGGCCCUGACUAUGGAAGCCGUUUCCGAUAUUAAGGCGGGGGAUGAAAUCUUUAACGACUAUGGAGCCCUGCCGAGAAGUGAUUUGCUUCGUAGAUAUGGCUACGUCACGCCGAAUUACGCGCAAUACGACGUGGUAGAAGUCUCGACUCAGCUUAUAGCUGAGAUUGUCCAAGCCGAAGCAAAUCUGGCAGACGAAGAGCUCCAGGAAAAGCUUGAUUAUCUCGCGGAUCAAGAUCUCGUUGAAUCCGGCUACGAUAUUACUGGCAUUCCUUCUGAAGAGCCCGAGUCGGCGUUUAGUCCUGAAAUGUGCCUGUUGCUUGCCUCAUUGGUUCUCCCCAACAAGGACUUCCAAAGAAUGAAAAGCAAAGGCAAGCUUCCGAAACCGGACAUGACGCCGCAGAUGGCUCGGUUAUUGGAACAAAUUAUUGCCAAACGCGCUGCAGAAUAUCCCACGUCCCUGGAGCAGGAUAAAACUCUCGCUGCUACUGAUGUGUCUGAUAUUCGAAAGAGCAUGGCUUUGGCAGUAAGAAUUGGGGAGAAAGAGAUUCUGGAGCAGGCACACGCUCUGCUGCAGAGCAUUAGCCAGGGCUCCGAGUCUGCGAAGAGAAGUGCCCCGGGUGGCGAUUCCGGUUUUCAGAAGAAGAGAAAAACGGCGUAAACCUCCGAGAUCAGCGAACGCAGUCACCAUCAUGAUGCAAGUUGUGCACCCGAGCACUGCAGG